AUGGAGACCAAAGAGAGGACAAUUCCUGUGGCCAAUUCCUCCCACAGCCCCACACUCAGUGCCCAGCCCUCGGACAAGAAAAUCAGGCAGAUGACAUACAAGCAGCAGAACCUGGAGUCGCUGAAAAAGGAGGCAGCCAUGGAAGACCACAAGCUCAGCCCGGAAGAACUGAGCAGCAAGUUCUUCACAGACCUGAAAGAGGGCCUUACCCACACCAAAGCCAUGGAGAUCCUGGAGCGCGAUGGCCCCAAUAUGCUGACGCCACCCCCACAAGAUUCCGAGUGGGUCAAAUUCUGCAGACAGCUGUUUGGGGGCUUCUCCAUCCUGCUGUGGAUUGGGGCCAUCCUCUGCAUUAUGGCCUACAGCAUUCAAGUCCGAGUGGACCGGGAUGCCACAAAGGACAAUCUGUACCUGGGCAUCGUCCUAGCCUCAGUGGUCUUCAUCACCGGCUGCUUCUCCUACUAUCAGGAAGCUAAGAGCUCGAAGAUCAUGGAGUCGUUCAAGAAUAUGGUGCCACAUCAAGCUCUGGUGAUCCGGGAAGGUGAGAAGCUGCAGAUCAGCGUGGAGAAAGUGGUAGUGGGAGACCUAGUGGAGAUAAAGGCUGGGGACCGAAUCCCUGCCGACAUCCGGAUCAUCUCUGCACAGAGCUGCAAGGUGGACAACUCGUCCCUCACAGGUGAGUCGGAGCCCCAAACCCGAACACCUGAGUUCACACAUGAGAACCCUCUGGAGACCCGCAAUUUAUGCUUCUUCUCUACCAACUGUGUGGAAGGUUCUGCAAUUGGCGUUGUGGUCGCCACCGGAGACAACACCAUCAUGGGCCGCAUCGCAAUUCUGGCAUCAGGGCUGAAGAUGGGCAAGACGCCCAUCGCUGUAGAAAUUGAGCACUUUAUCCACCUCAUCACAGGCGUGGCCGUCUUCCUAGGCAUCUCCUUCUUCAUCCUUUCUCUCAUCCUUGGCUAUCACUGGCUGGAGGCAGUCAUCUUUCUCAUUGGCAUCAUCGUGGCCAACGUGCCUGAGGGGUUGCUGGCCACAGUCACUGUGUGUCUGACGCUGACCGCCAAGCGCAUGGCCCGCAAGAACUGCCUAGUGAAGAACCUGGAGGCGGUGGAGACACUGGGCUCCACAUCCACCAUCUGCUCCGACAAGACGGGAACCCUCACCCAGAACCGCAUGACUGUGGCCCACUUGUGGUUCGACAUGACUGUGUACACGGCUGAUACUAAUGAGAACCAGAUUGAGAACACUUUUUACGAGAAGUCUGAGACCUGGAAAAUCCUUUCCCGAGUUGCUGGGCUGUGCAAUCGGGCCAACUUCAAGCCCAACCAGGAGAAAAUCCCCAUCUCACAGCGGGACACGGCGGGCGAUGCCUCUGAGUCAGCACUACUUAAGUUCAUCGAGCAGACCUGCGGCUCUGUGCAGAAUAUGAGGCAGCAGAACCCCAAAGUGGCUGAGAUCCCUUUCAACUCCACCAACAAGUACCAGAUCUCAAUCCACAUUCCCGAGAACCAACCCACAUCCUUCAUCCUGCUGAUGAAGGGGGCCCCGGAGAGAAUCCUGGAAAGAUGUUCCAAUUACCUGCUCCAUGGGAAGGAGUACCCCAUGGACAGCACAAUGCAGGAUGCCUUCCAAAAGGCAUACCAGGACCUGGGCGGCUUGGGAGAACGUGUGCUGGGAUUCUGCUUCCUCAACUUGCCCAACUCCUUCAGAGUGGGUUUUGAAUUCAACACAGAGGAAAUCAACUUCCCCACAAAGGAUCUGUGCUUCGUGGGCCUCAUGUCCAUGAUCGACCCUCCCCGGGCAGCCGUGCCCGACGCCGUGGGCAAAUGCCGAAGUGCAGGCAUCAAAGUGAUCAUGGUGACUGGUGACCACCCCAUCACAGCCAAAGCCAUCGCCAAGGGUGUGGGCAUCAUCUCUAAGGGCAAUGAGACAGUGGAGGACAUUGCGGCCAGGCUCAACAUCCCUGUGAGCCAGGUUAACCCCAGUGAGGCCAAGGCGUGUGUGAUCCACGGCUCUGACCUGAAAGACAUGGACUCCACGCAGCUGGACGAGAUUCUGCACAACCACCCAGAGAUCGUCUUUGCCCGCACGUCCCCACAGCAGAAGCUCAUCAUCGUGGAGGGCUGCCAGCGGCAGGGGGCCAUCGUGGCAGUGACGGGCGACGGUGUGAACGAUUCCCCCGCACUGAAAAAGGCUGACAUUGGCAUCGCCAUGGGCAUCGCAGGAUCAGAUGUGUCCAAGCAGGCGGCCGAUAUGAUCUUGCUAGAUGACAACUUUGCAUCCAUCGUCACAGGCGUGGAGGAGGGCCGCCUCAUCUUCGACAACCUGAAGAAGUCUAUUGCAUAUACGCUGACCAGCAACAUCCCUGAGAUUACUCCCUUCCUAUUCUUCAUCAUCCUCAGCAUUCCACUGCCACUUGGUACCAUCACCAUCCUCUGCAUAGACCUGGGCACAGACAUGCUCCCAGCCAUCUCCCUGGCCUAUGAGUCUGCUGAGAGUGACAUCAUGAAGCGGGCACCCCGAAAUGCUCUCACAGACAAGCUGGUGAACCAGAGACUAAUUUCCAUGGCUUAUGGGCAGAUCGGGAUGAUCCAGGCCAUGGCAGGAUUCUUCACCUAUUCCGUGAUCCUGGCUGAGAACGGCUUUAAGCCCUUGGACCUGCUGGGCCUCCGUCUCACCUGGGAUAACCGAUACGUCAGUGACCUGGAAGACAGCUACGGGCAGCAGUGGACCUAUGAACAGAGGAAGGUGGUGGAGUUCACCUGCCACACAGCCUUCUUCGUCAGCAUUGUGGUGGUGCAGUGGGCUGACCUCAUCAUCUGCAAGACGCGCCGCAACUCUGUGUUCCAGCAGGGCAUGAAAAACAAGAUCUUGAUCGUGGCCCUCCUGGAGGAGACGGCCCUGGCCUGCUUCCUGUCCUACACACCCGGGAUGGACAAAGCCCUUCGCAUGUACCCUCUCAAGGCCCUGUGGUGGCUUUGCUCUGUCCCCUACAGCGUCAUCAUCUUCAGCUAUGAUGAAAUGAGGAAGUUCAUCAUCAGGAAUUUUCCUGGCUGUGAGGCACCCUGCCUACCCCACAGUCCCCCAUGUCCAGACCUGUCCUGAGACUCAUUGGCUUCUGUCAUGUCCACAUCCCCAAGGGUCACAUGGGCUGAUCUUCCCCACCAGCAUGCUCCCAUCUAUAGGCUGGCUAGAG